UGUGUGUGGCUGGUGAGGAAACAGGAGCGUCGGUGAUAGGAGACUCCACACAGACAGCAAAAUCACGAUGCUUACGCCUUUGCCUGCUUCAACGGCGAAACGUGUUGGUUUUACCUAUUCUGUGUUUUGACGGCCAUGGAGCUCUGAAACCUCUCUGCUGCUGUCUCCUGAGAAAUGGAUGAGAUUUAGAUCCUGGAACUAUUGCAUUAGGGCUCUUCUCGGGACUCUUUCCUUGUACUCAGACUGAUUCGUUCCCUUUCUUGCAUUGUUUCAUGAAGCCUGCAUUUACUUUGCUAUUAAAAUGAAAGCAACAGAACUGGGCUUUCUGUAAGUGUCAGACAUCCAGUCAUUCGUUUGGAAGUUUGGAAGCUGUUUGGAUUAAACAUGUGGAGUCAGUCAGGAUAUUCCAACCACUACCAACCUCAUCCCGCUCACCCAUUUUACCAUGUACCCUACAGCCAUAACCAAAGGACGACUACAUUCAUACAUCCAGUGACAGGCCAGAUCUCUGCUGAGAACACUGAUUUCAGACUUCAGGACCAGACUGGCGGACACAUGCUGAAGCAGCCACAGACGACCACACGACCCUCCAGUACAAUUAGUGAGGCCUCCACUAACGUCACCUCUUCCACUGUGGACACCACUUCAGGCUCAAAGGGAUCCAAGUCCAGUGGAAGGGUCCAUAGCUUUGGCAAACGAGAUCAUGCCAUAAAGAGGAAUCCCAGCGUUCCUGUAGUGGUACGUGGAUGGCUCCACAAACAGGACAGCUCAGGGAUGCGGCUGUGGAAAAGAAAAUGGUUUGUUCUGGCUGAUUAUUGCCUCUUCUACUACAAAGACAGUCGUGAAGAGUCGGUUCUGGGUAGCAUUCCUCUGCCCAGCUACACUAUCGCACCUGUAGGACCUGAAGAUCACAUUAGCCGCAAAUAUGCCUUCAAGGCUACACACACAGGGAUGCGCUCCUACAUUUACAAACAAAGCUCUGUGAUUGGCUCGCAGGCGGAGCACACUGGGAUGAGGACGUACUAUUUCAGUGCGGACACACAGGAGGACAUGAAUGGCUGGGUCAGGGCCAUGAACCAGGCUGCACUGAUGCAAACACAUACGGUGAAGAGAGAGGAGUCGGAUCAUCCAGACCAAGUGAACAUUUCUGAGAAACUCAAGCAGCAGGCCGUGCCUCAGACCAACCACAUCAACAGCUACGUGAUUCCAGAACCGGAGGUUAUCCAAAGUGACGGGCCGCUUGAGGAGAAGCAGGAGGGAUUUGUUGGAGAGGUGGAGAUCCAGGUUGCUCAAAGAGAGAUUGAGCAGGCGAGGGGUAAAUCUCCAGCAAGCAGGAUAGUGGAGGUGGAGGUUUUAGCUCCAGCUUCAAAACCAGCAUCCCACGUUCCCUCUCGAGCUCCUUCCAGGGCUGUGUCGACCCCGCCAGUGGUGAUGAGGAACGGUACGUCCGUAGAACAGAACGGCAUACCUGGGUAUCAGAGGGGUCCGACACCUUCGUCUCAAACUCCAAUUCAGGUACAGAGGAAGAGUGCGCUGGAGAAGGUGGAGAACUGGGUUAAAGUACAGAAGGAAGAACGCCAGGGGUUUGUUUCUACCGAUGGCACAAUCCCACGUCGGACCCCUCCAAUUCAUCCGAAGUACGGCACAAUAGACAAGUACCAGUCUUUACCAAAGACCACACGGCAAAGCCCACUAACUGCUCACCGUCAGUUACCCAGUGAAUACAAAUAUUCCCAUGACCGGCUGAAUCACUUCCAGCUGACCCACGGCCACACCCAGCGACCCGUGGCGCACGACAACACCGUGUGGCAGCUCUACGAAUGGCAACAGAGACAGCAAUAUCGGCACGGCAGCCCCACCGCCCCCGUCUACACUCCUGCUCCAGACUACUCCACCGCCGUAUCCUCCACCAGAGUCAACUCAGACGUGUCUCGCUCCAUUUCCGUGCCUCCGACCCUAGCAGACAUCCCUCCACCUGGGCCACCUGGGCCCAGACUGCUGUCUCCACGCAGACCCCACACACCUGCAGAACGGGUUACAGUCAAACCUCUGGAGGACCGAACCACCGUGGAGGUGCCUCCAUCAAACUCUCCUCACCGGUUACGCUCCUAUAAGUCGGCCACAAUAGAGAGACGCUCAAUGCCUCCAUCUGGUUACAUCACACAUACAGUCAGUGCUCCCAGCCUGCACGGAAAAACACCGGAGGAGCUCACCCUUCUCCUCAUCCAGUUACGGAGACACCAGGCCAUGAUGGCAGGUGUGCGCAACGAUGCGCUGGCCCACCUCCAGCAGUUGUCUCGGGUGAAGGCUGAUGACACAUACAUGCACUUGAAGAAGGACCUGGACUAUUUAGAUCUGAAGAUGAAAAGUUUAGAGCCAUUGAUCCUCAUGGUUCACAGUGUGUUACAAACCUGCACUGCGGGGGGUUUGAGACCACUCUGGAACGUGAGUGGGACAGAGACUCUGAAAGGACGGCCGGCAAAGCCAGUGAAGGUGGCGGAAAGUGACAUAGAUGUGACACUGAGUCGACUCUGUGAACAAGACAAAAUACUGCAAGAGCUUGAGUUCAGACUCAGUGGCCUUAAGGAUGAUAAGGACAAGCUUGAGUCUGUUCUGGAUGUGUCUCACCAGCAGAUGGAGCAGUACAAGGAUCAGCCAGCUCACACUGAGAAGAUCGCCUACCAGCAGCGACUCCUUCAAGAGGACCUGGUGCAUAUUCGAGCAGACAUUUCUAGAGUGUCAACGGAGAUGGAGAGAGCGUGGGACGACUACAGCAAACUGGAGCAGUCAGUUGAACAGCUGAGGGACGUCCUGCAGACCCAGAUGAACCUCUGCACAUCACCUCAGGAGAAGAAUCAGUUGAGGAGGGAGCUCUGGAGGAUAGAGGAUGUGAUGACUGGACUCAGCUCCACCAAAGAAACCUUCAAAAUCACCAUAGACUCAGUGAAGAACCCAGAGAGAAAACUUGUGCCUUCAGUGACAGAGUCAGCAGUGCCUUCUCGGUGCAUGACCCCAUCUGCAGCUGAGGUGCGGUCACCCCAACGCAGUCUUACCUCCAGUCCGUUAUCACUGCCCCUGGACAAUGAAUUUCUUCAGCAUCCUCAUCCUGUGCCAAAAUGGGAAGAGGAUGACGCUCCACCCAGACCGCCUUUGCCUCUUUACUAUGAUGAGGACACACCUCCUGUUGUCCCUCCCCUACCUAAAGAAACAUCGGUCAUCAGACACACUUCUGUGCGUGGCCUCAAGAGACAGUCUGAUGAGAGGAAACGUGACCGGGAAAGCAGCUACAUUAACGGGGAUUGCAGGGUGGAACUGCGGUCCUACCUGAGUGAACCAGAACUUCCUGGAAGUGGACAAGGAACAGAUCAGGUGGACCCAGGCUACCUGACUCUCCAAAGAAGAGGUCUGUCAGGCUCCUCGUCCAGAAUAAACCAGUACGGUGUGGCCUUCUGCUCACAGAGGAGAGGAGAUUCAGUGUUAUCCACAAUGGAGAGACCAAAGAGUGCCUUGGAGCGUCUGUGCUCGGGAGAGUCUCAGCCGGAUCAGCAGCCGCAGAGAGGGAGGAUGAGUGUGGAGGAGCAGCUGGAGAGAAUGAAAAGGCACCAGAGAGCUUUAGUGCGUGAGCGCAAACGUAACUUGAGUCAGGGUGAGCGACAGCCCGUCGGCUCCCGCGCCUCCACUCGACCUGUCAGCUCUGACCCAGGAUCCGGAUGGGAUAAAGUCAUUGAUUUGCAGCGACCGAAACGGACCUUACUCACCGAAACACAACGGCCGGUAUCUGAUGAAUGGCUGACGGUUGAGGCCCGACCAAUGAGCGAACAGGAGCUGGAGACUGUGGACUUUGAGUUCGAUCUUACCCGAGAGCUGUCGACGCCGCAGAAGGUGCCCAUCCCAAAGCGACUCAUGGAAGUUGAGUCAGAUGAAGACCUGACUCCAGAAGAGAAGGAGGCUCGUUCUCGUACCGUAUCAAAGAUAAAAAGCCUACUGUCUAAGUCGAGUGGGAAGUUUAUGCCACAGUCUGUGGAUGCAGAGCAGAUAGAUUUCACUGAGCUGGAUAGUGCGCUGCAGCAGCAGGAGAGGAUCAUGAGUGUUCCUCGUGCUCUCGCCACAGAGGCCUUCAUCAAGAGGAAGCAGGUCACAGCAAACGCCAUGUCUGACUGUUGAGAAGCUUUCUUGGGGAUCCAAAGAACAAUAUUUUUUGUACCAAAUAUUUAUAAUUCACAUUCAAUCAUUCAGGUUCUCCAAUGUUCAGAACGUUUUAUAUGUUUUUAUUCAUUUUACUGGUAAAUGCUUGGCCAGCUACACUGUUUUAAUGUUCUAAUAUGGAAAAUGUUUGAUGUUGCAUGUCAUUUUUUGUUAAAAAUGUACUUAAUCGUUUGCAGUGUUAUGUAUUUUAAAAGUACCUUUGAUUGUGAAAUACUUUGAUCCAUUCUGCAAAACUCAAGAAAACUGUCAUCUUCAUGUUAUUUGAUUUAGCUUUAAAAAUCAUAAUUUUCAUACUCAUGCUCUAAAUAAAGUUUGUAUUUCACAAGGUUAUAA